ACAGCAGUGUUUGGAGCAGGUUUGAAAUUUGAGCUUUACAAAAUGGCAAAUCAAAUGCUGUUGCCGCUGCUGCUUUUGGUGAUGAUAAGUACGGUGACACCUCAAGCUUCGGGGCCCCUGUACACAGUCACUGGUACACUAAGCUCUCGAUCAGACGAUGGAAGUUCACCUCGGAUUGCCCUGCAGCGAGCCUUUCCCUACUUCGGACGGUCGUAUAAUCAGAUUUAUGUGAACCACAACGGACACCUGACCUUCAAUACUUCAUUCAGCCACUACGUACCGCAACGGUUUCCAAUUCGUGGAACCAAAGACAUCAUUGCUCCCAUGUGGACAGAUUUGGACAACAGGGGUAGCGGUUACAUCUACUACGUUCAAUACACUUCCGGCAGCGUCCUCCAACAAGCUACGCGAGACAUUAACACCUACUUUCCAAGACUGAGCUUUACUGCCCAGUGGGUCUUCGUUGCAACAUGGUAUCAAGUGGCCUAUUUCUCGAGAAGUGGCACACAAUCAACAGCCCAAGCAGUCCUCAUCUCCGGUGGCAGGCACUCGUUUGUGUUGAUGAACUAUGGGCCGAUAGCUGACACAAGACACAAUAUCCAGGCUGGAUAUGACACAAUACAUUCUUCACACCAUUUUACCAUCAAUGGAUCAUUCACUUCAAGUGCAACAGGCACUAAUUCGCUUUUCCGCACGCAAAGCAAUGUAAAUGUACCUGGACGCUGGGCCUUCCAAACAGACCAUGGUUCAAGAGGAUGCACUUAUGAAGGUGAACCUUUGCAGGUCGGAGACUCAUUCUGGACUGACAGCACCUGUGCACAGAAGUGCACCUGUACCUCAGCUGGCCUGCAGUGUUCCAGUCAACCCUGCGGCUUUUCCCAAAUCUGCCGACCAACUACGUUUCAGUUUGCCUGCAGGACAGUGCGGAGACGCACCUGCGUCGUCAGUGGUGAUCCUCAUUACUACACCUUUGAUGGGGGCUUGUUUCAUUUUCAGGGGACAUGCACGUAUGUUCUCUCAGAACAAUGUGGUCCUGAGUUGCCCUACUAUCGUGUGGAGGGCAAAAAUGAGCACCGGGGAAGCACGCGAGUCUCUUGGACAAAACUGGUUCGAGUGGUCGUUUACAAUCAAACUAUUGAGCUCGUCAAAGGACACCGUGGGAGGGCUAAGGUCAAUGGAAACUUUGCAUCCACUCCAUUCUCUCUAAGCAAUGGCACUGUCCAGGUUUAUCAGUCAGGAUUUGCUGUGGUCAUCAGUGCAGACUUUGGCUUGGAGGUGUCUUAUGAUGCAUAUCAUUAUGUCAGAAUCAGUGUGCCCUACACUUACCAGAAUGGUACCUGUGGCCUUUGUGGAACCUUCACCAACAACCAGAGCGAUGAUUUCAGAACUCGCAGUGGAGAAAUUGUGACCUCUGAUGUGGUUUUUGGCAACAGCUGGCGAGUACCAGGAGACACUGAGGUUGGCUGUGAGGUCCAAUGCAGAGGUCUGGACUGUGCUUCCUGUUCUGCACAGCAGACAGCUUUAUACAGCAACGCAGAUCAUUGCGGUAUCCUGCGAGACCCCUCUGGACCAUUUGCUGCAUGCAAUCGAACCCUUUCACCAGAGCACGCUGUCCAGAGUUGUGUGUAUGAUCUGUGUGUUGGAGGAGGGUACCAGCCCGUUCUAUGUCAAGCCCUUCACGUUUAUGCAAGUCAGUGUCAGCGGAAUGGCAUCCAGUUGCCAAGCUGGAGGAGACAGGGCUUCUGUGAAAUCCCCUGCCCAGCCAACAGCCAUUUUGAGCCCCAAGGAACAGGAUGUCCAGCUACUUGUGUCAAUCCCAAUUCCACCAACAAUUGCCCUCUCCCUGCCCAGGAGAGCUGCAUCUGCAAUUCAGGCUACAUCCUUAGUGCUGGGGUCUGUGUCCCUAAUGCCGAUUGUGGCUGCAACUUUGAGGGUCAAUACUACAGCUCUGGAGAAACCGUGAUCCUAGGUGAUGACUGUGGGAGACGUUGCAGCUGCCGGAUAGGCACCAUGACCUGUCACUCGCAUAGUUGUGGUCCACUUGAAUCAUGUAGGGUGGAGGAAGGAGAAAGAGGAUGCAGACCUAACAGCUAUGCAACGUGCUGGAUAAGGGGCCCAGGGUCAUAUCAUACAUUUGAUGGACUGACAUACCAGUAUCCUGGAGCAUGUCGCCUGACUCUUGCCAAGGCAAUGGGCUUGUUAAGUCACCCUCACUUUAUGGUAACGGCAGAAAAAGUGCCCAGAGGCCACCAGAGUUUUGCCAGGUUACUCAAAUUUGAGGCAGAGGGAACACAUGUCUCCAUUGAGAUGGCAAAUCAAAGCACAGUUCAGGUUGACGGUCAGCUGAUCAAACUACCUUUCAACUCAGCAUCAAACCGCAUCCAAAUCUAUCAUACCAGCACCUACAGCAUCAUCAUCCGCACCUCCUUUGGUGUGACUGUGCAGACAGUCUGGCCUCACUUUGUGCGCGUCACUGCACCUGGUGUCUACAAUGGUUCACUGGGGGGACUCUGUGGUAACUACAAUGGUCACUCAUAUGAUGACUUCCGCACACCCAAUGGCGUUCUGGUCAACAGCUCUCAGGCCUUUGGAGACAGCUGGCGAGAUGGUUCCCUUUCUGCACACUGUGUAGAACGUGUACAUGAUAAUUCCAGGACAAAUUUCACCUCUCAUGAGUACUGUGGAAUUAUUGGCUCACGAGAUGGGCCGUUUACCCAGUGUUGGCCCAUGGUAGACCCACAGCAGUAUAUGGAAGUGUGCACGGAGACCCUUACAGCCACUAGAGAUCCAGCGUCAGCCAGAUGUGAGGUCCUACGAGACUACGUACUAAUGUGUCAACAGAAAGGUGUAACCUUGCAGCACUGGAGGAAUGUUACUGGCUGUGCACAAGCUUGCCCCCUAAACAGCCACUAUGCACUUUGUGAAAGUCCUUGUCCCUCCACCUGCCCCAGCCUCUCUUUCCCCUUCACCUGUGACACUGUGUGCCAGGAGGGAUGCCAGUGCGAUAGUGGUUUCAUCCUCAAUGGCAACCAGUGUGUGCCGCCAACAUCUUGUGGAUGCAAUUACAACGGACGCUAUCGUCAAAGUGGUGAACAGUUCUGGGAUGGUGAGGAAUGUCAGAGGUCAUGUAGCUGUAAUGGGACAACUGGGAUAGUGCACUGCACUGCAAGUUCCUGUGGGCCCCAAGAGUCUUGCCGUGUGGUGGGGGGUGACUUUGGUUGCCAUUCCAAUCCUCAUGGUACCUGCUCUGCUUCUGGAGACCCCCACUACCUUACAUUUGAUCGUAAGGCCUAUGACUUCCAAGGAACCUGCCGCUAUGUUCUAGCAACCCUCUGUAAUGACACAGGCAGACUUCAACAAUUUUCAGUGGAAGCCAAGAACGAGCAAUGGAAUGGAUUGACAGUUUCAGUCACAUCUGAUGUUUUUGUCAAUGUGUUGGGCUACCAAAUGCACAUGUCUAGAGACAGGAGAGGUGUGGUUGAGAUAAAUGGAAUAACUGCAAAUCUGCCAGUUCUCCUGAGUGGAAAUGUGUCUGUCUUUGCAAGUGGAUCUCGCACAUUUAUAAAUGCCGACUUUGGCCUCAGUGUCACAUACGAUGGAUGGAGUACAGUGUCCAUCUCAGUGCCACCAAAUUACAGAGGACACACAUGUGGACUGUGUGGGAACUUCAAUGGGAACGUGAAUGAUGACUUCCGCACCCCAUCUGGCUCAAUUGUCACCACUCCAGAUGAAUUUGGAACAGCUUGGAAGGUAGCAGGUAACUACACCUGUAGUGACGGCUGUGGUUCUUCAUGCCCUCGGUGCACCAACGAUCUCCCUGCUAGAAUUCAGUGUGAAGUGAUCAAAGCUACCAACGGCCCCUUCAGCUUCUGCCACGAGGAGGUGGAACCGACACCAUAUUUCAACGACUGUGUGUUUGACAUUUGCGUGUCGGGGGGAAAUCGGGGCAACGAUAUUCUGUGCAGGUCCAUUCAAGCAUAUGUCAGUGCCUGUCAAUCAGCCAAUGUUCGAAUCUACCCUUGGAGACAGAACACCACGUGCGGCCUGAGCUGUCCAGCCAACAGUCAUUAUGAGCUGUGUGGUACCGACUGUGGCCACACCUGUGCCAGCAGUGUUGAUGCCACCUGUGAGCAGGUUUGCUCUGAGGGUUGCUUCUGUGAUGAGGGCUUCCUCAGGAGUGGAACAACGUGUGUCCCUGUGGAAGACUGUGGCUGCCAAUAUGAUGGCUUCUACUACAAUGCUGGUGAGUCCUUUUGGACAGAGAGUUGCUCUGAGCGAUGUGAAUGUCACGCCCCCAACGACCUGCGCUGCUCCUCCGCAUCUUGCACGCCUGCACAAGAGUGCAACAUCAGAGAGGGCAAUCUGGGCUGCUUUGAUGCAAUGACUACCUGCACUGUAUGGGGGGACCCACACUAUGUCACCUUUGACGGAGCACUGGCUCAUUUCCAGGGCACAUGCUCUUACAUCAUCACUGAGAGCCGCGGCACUAGUAGCAACCAGUUUAAGGUUGCAGCCACCAACAAGCACCGCGGCAACAACCAUGUGUCGUUUGUGUCAGCAGUAGAUAUACAUCUGUUAAAUCAAACAGACAAUGUAUAUGUAAGGAUUGGAUCCAACAAAAUUGUAACAGUAAAUGGAAGUGAAGUAUCUCUUCCCCUAAACGUAGCCAACUUUGCAAGGGUUUCAAGGCAGGGAAGCUACGUAGUGGUCGAUGCCAAUGACAUGGUCGUCCAGUUUGAUGGCAGAAGUACACUACUGGUCAGAGUUAGCCAAAUUUAUCGAAACAGAGUCUCGGGGAUGUGUGGAAAUUUCAACAAUAAUCCUGCAGAUGACAAAGUCUUGCCAAAUGGGACUCUGGCACGAGAUGAUUAUGAGUUUGGGCACAGCUGGAAGGCACCCACAAGCCAACCACGAUGCGGACUGACUGAUCAACGGAAUGAUGAUGGACUGAACAACUGCAUCUACAGGGAAGAAUACACUGCACUCUGCAGCGUCAUUACAAACACAACAGGCCCGUUCAGCGCCUGCCACCUGCACUCUGACCCACAACCGUUUUUCACUUCCUGCGUCUAUGAUCUCUGCCUCUACACUCCGGCCAAUGGCAUGCUGUGUAGUGCCAUCUCAGCCUAUGAGAGAACAUGCUCAGUGUUGGGUUUGGACAUCCCUGAGUGGCGCCCGGCUUUGCACUGCGCUGAGUCGGACCCCUGUGAAAACUUGAACUGCACAGAGUAUGAGUGGUGUGGCGAGAAGGACGGCGUGUACGGCUGCUUCUGUGACGAACACCAUCAUAGGGCCAACAAUGAGAGCUAUGACUCUUCAAUCACUUGUGCCAGUAGCACAGGCACCAUGUCUGUGUCCCGCUGCCAGCUGUUUGAGGCUGGCUUCCACUCCAGCGCACUCCAUCUCCAAGACCACUCCUGUCGAGGUACCAUCGAGGACGGUCGACUGGUGUUCCAAUUUAACAAUGAUGCCGAGCUGUGCGGGACGGUUCUCAAGAGCAACGGAAGCCAUUUCAUGUAUGAGAAUGUCAUCCAGGGUGACGUAGAUCCUCACGAUGAUCAGCCUCUGAUCAGCCGCCAAAGGAAUAUCCAUCUCCGUUUCUGCUGUGAAUACCCUCUGUAUCAGGCCCUGUCUAUGGAUGUGGGCAUCAACCCUGUAGAAAGCAUCGUGAGCAAGAAGCUUCCAGCCGGCGAGGGCCGCUAUCGAAUCAGAAUGAUCCCCUUCCUAGAUUCCAGCUUCCUCUUUCCGCUCAGCACUAGCAGCAGCAUUGAAACGGAAAUAGACCAAAGGUUGUACAUUGAGGUGCGAAUAGAAGGCGUCGACGAGCGUCAGAUUUCUAGCGUUCUGCAAAACUGUUGGGCCACACCAGUAAACUCGGCCAACUACCCUGUGAAGUGGUAUCUCCUUCAGGACGAGUGUCCUAAUCCAGCAGAUGGCACAGUAGAGCUGCAUCAGAACGGCGUCUCCACCGUGUCCCGCUUCUCCUUCAACAUGUUCACUUUCUCCAACUUCUCGUCCAUCUACCUGCACUGUAACGUCCAUCUUUGUCUUCAGAGACACAACAACUGCACAGCUCACUGCUACCCGGGUCACCACAGACGUGUUGAGAGGGAUGUGUCCUCUGAAGAUAUGACAAGCAUCUCAGUCGGACCACUACAAAGGAGGACAACCAGGGAAGUGCGAGUCAUCGGGCUUGCAAACCACGGCCCAGGCCAGGUGACCCCAUUGUUGACCCUGCUCAUCAGUUUCCUGGUGGCCAAAGUUCUGAUCUGAGAGGACCAAAGAUGGUGAUUGUGAUUGUUUUUGUGAGGUUCAAGGUUCAUUUAUUUGUGUUUCCAGCCAUAUCCAUCAAUAAAAAUCAGUCAUGUGUAUUUGUGUUCACAACUUUGCAAUAGUAGGGGGCACUAAUGUUUUACAUAUCGUUAGUAAAUGAGUGUGUUUUCUCUUGUUGGGAUUCUUAUAAUCAAAUCAAGUGUGUGAUUAACAUUAAAAUUGUAAAUCAA